GGUCGGUCGUUUCCUUCUUGAGCUUUCCAACAACUAGGAAGCAGUCACCGACGAUGGAUGUGGACCUCACCAAGGCCUCUGAGGCGGCCGAGUCGGAAGGCCCUGCGGUCACGCUCGACCUGCUCGAGCUGAUCAACCAGGCGCGCAACGAGCACGGCAUGCGCCAGCAGGACUAUGCGCGCUACCGUCGCUUCUGCACGGAAAAGGUGCAUCGGCUCCGCCAGUCGCUCCAUCUCACGCACAACGACGGCAAGACGGGUCGCGCCACGGGCAAGGCAGGCAAGAAGAGGGACAACAAGCAGUUGUCAAAGAAGCAGAAGCAACGAGCGCAGAGCGCCGCCGCGCAGUCGGAGGCGAACAAGGGAAAGGGUAACGUCUUUACCAAGAAGGAGAUCAAGGUCCAAGACGUCGUCAACGACAGGCCUGCGCAGCUGCUGCUCUUUGAGGCGGAGCGUGCCUGGGCAUUCUCGCAAGAGCUCCGCCAGGAGUCGUUUGACAAGGACCAGGACACCUCGCUGCGCCGGCGUGGCCUGUCUCGCGCACGCAAAGCCGUCGCGUGGGCCCAGGACCUCGUCUCGCUCCUCUCGGCACUCGGUGCCGAGCGCGUCGACGUGGUCUCGCGCGCGCAGGCGGCCGCAUACAGCGCGCUAAUCCGAGGCAACGAGUCCUUCGACAAGGACAAGUGGAAGGUCUCGAUGGAGCAGCUCAGCGUCGCUCGGCGCCUGCUCCAGAACGUGGCUGAAUGCAGCAAGAGCAGCAGGGCAGAGGCACUGGCCAACAGCUUCGUCGACACAACCGAGGCACAGCUCCGCUACAGCGCCUACCAGCUCGACGAGACGGAGCAGGACAUGGACAAGGUUGCUGCCUCCCAGGCUUCUGCCGAGACGUGCGAGAGGGUGGUCCCCGGCUACUCGAAGCUCGUCGAGGAGCUCGAAGCCGAGAAGCAAAAGACGGGCAAGGCGGCAUCGAAGAACGUCGUCGAGCUCGACUUCCAUGGAAAGAAGAUCCCGAUCCGCAACGCCGAGCUCGUCGAUGUCAUCGUGCGCGUCCGCUCUGCCGAAGAAAAUCUGACCAAGGCCAUCGAGGAGGAGCAGCACCACAAGGUCACAGCUGCCACCUCGUCGACCACGGCGGCCGAUGAUGCGCCGUCGAAGAAGCAGCGAGGAAACACGAGGCAGCGACUGACGAGCGCGCAGCGAAGCGCAAAGAAGAGGGCUUCGACGAGCGAUGCAAAGUCUCCCGCUGCCUCUGCGACCAAGACGACCUCGCUGGCUUCUGGCGCCGGGGCAAAGACGGAGAUGGACCCCUACGACGGCGCACUGGCCGCUCUGACCGAGGCCGAGGAUGUGGCACGCCGGCUCGUCGCCGACAACCAGGAAGCGCUGUCGAAGAGCCAUUCGACGCGAUACGAAGCCAAGAGCAUCGACCUGGUCAACGCGCACGAGUACCUCAUGUACAAGCUGCUGGCUGUGCGCAUCGCCAGGAACGCCUACCUGGUCGAGGAGGUCGAGAAGAAGGCCGAGCGCCGUCAGAAGAGGGCAAGGGAGACGCUCGAAAAGAGGCUUGCUGCACUGAAGAGCAGCGGGUCGGCGAAUGCAAAGCCCAGAAAGGCAGGUCAAGCGCCGGUCAAGAGGCGGCAAGUCAAUGGCAAGAAGAGGGCCACCCCCAGGCCUGUCUCCAAGAAGGCUGGCUCGCGAAAGAGCGUCAGGCGUCCUGGCCGGAGCGGCACCCGCAAGAUCAGGGGGCAAAAGGCGUCGGAAAAGGCAAAGAGACUCCUUGCCACGAGCGAGGCCAAGUCUCGCCGCCGGUCUGCCCGUGCCGUCCCUGGCAUUGCGCGACUGCUGGACAACUCUGAGGUGUCGCUGCUCACGGUCUCGUCGCUGGGCCUCGUCGAAGCGAACCCGGACGUGUCGUCGCUCGUCGAGGCCAAGUCGGCCCUGUACCGCGCCGAGCUGCUGCGCCACCUGGCCAGGGCCUACCUGCUGUCCAAUGCCUACUCCGAGUCGCUCCUGAUCCUGCUCCGCGCAAGUCUGUUUGUGAGGCAGGCUCGCCAGGCCACGGAUCUCGUCGACGAUGUGCGCGGCGCUGGCGACGAGGAGAUGCCCCCGCGGGUGCUGUCGGAGGAGACGAUGCUGCGGAGCGAGGCCGAGAUCGAGAAGCUGCGGCUGCAGGCGCAGCGGGGCCUCUUCUUUUCGCAGAGGGGCGUGCAGCUCGUGCGGCCCGUCGUCGGUGGCCUGUCGUCUUCGUCAGCAGCACCGAGCAAGAAGACCAAGGGCAAGGGAAAGGCGGCGUCGGGCGACACCAAGGCUGGCCAGGCGAUCCGGGACCUGACGGGCAAGCACGUCGACUUCGACCCCAUCGAUGUCGAGGAGGCCUGCCGGCUCACGGAGCAGCGCCAGGACGACCUCGAGGAGGAGCUGCAGGCAUUCCUGGGCCAGUCGCCGUCGUCGCUGUCGUCGUCGGCAGCCACGGCCGCAGCGGCGGCGGCGGCGGCGGCUGCGGAUACUUACAGGGAGGACGAGGAGCGAGGCAUGACCAUCUCCGACUCGAUGUCGCUCGUCGAUGGCGGCGGCGGACACGGGCGCACCCAGAGCCUGGCGACGACGGACGAGUACGACGUCAUGCAGGCGUCCAUGUCCUCGGCGGGGGCUGCCUACGAUCCAGGCAAUGCGCUGGCCGAGGAGGAGGAGCGUGCCCUGGCAGAGGAGGAAGCCAACAAGAAGGCCGGCGGCGGCGGCGGCUGGCUCGGAGGCUGGUUCCGAAAGUAGACGUCUGCUCUGCUCUGUUCUCUCUCUUAUAUCAUUGCAAGCAAAUGAAAUUACAAAAGGUGAAAAGGAGGG